CUGAUUUCCCCAAAUUCUCUCUCUCAUCUCUUUCUCUCUCUACACACCUUCGUCUCUCGGAGAACAAAUCAUCAAAUCUCAAAAAAUCAACGAAACCCUAGGAAUUUAAUUUCGUAUUUAAAACCCUUCAAAAUUCCUGAUUUUAAUUUUGUACAUAUUUCUGUCUGAUUAAAUUGUUCAUAUCUUCUAUUAAAUUCUUUCAUUUUUUCCUUGGGUUUUUUUUUUUUUUGCUUUUUCCUUUAUAGAUAGAAGCAGAUAGAUACAGCCCCAAAACAAAUAAAUUAUAUAUAUAUAAGUAUACACACACAACAAAGGAGUUUUUUGAGGAAUUUUGUUGUUUUGUAUUGAAUUUGAAGAAAAAAAAAAUCAGCACGAUUAGAAUCCAAUCCGCAGACAAACAAAACCCCCACCCGAUUUUUGGAUUCUUCUUCGGAACUUGUUCCUCUUUUCUUUUUGCUGGUGGUGGUGUGAUUAAUGUGAAGAAGAAAAAGCAAACGGAACACGAUGGUGUAAUCGAACCGUUUGAUUUUUAAUUUUAAUUUUUUUUAAUUUAAUUUUAUUUUUUACUUUUUUGUUGCGAUUUGCAUGAUUUUUGGAUGGUGUUUUCUGAGGUGUAAGCCAAGUACACAGACACCUGUAAGCCGAAUGCUUCGACUAACAUCUGUGUAUAUAUAAAGGGGUGGGGGUGGGGGCAAGCUCUUUAUAUUUUUCGAGGGCAUGUUCGUAAGGGAAGUCGAGUGGAGCGAUCAGCUGUUUGCGGUGUGUUGUUGUGUUGAUAGUUCGAUUGGUUUUGCCGUUAGGGUAUGAGGAAUGACGGCCAGAAAAGCGGUGAUGGUGGUGGUGGCGCAAUGGUCCCGCGGUCGUCCGGUGGUAGGGGUAAUAACGGGAUUAUCCCGAAUUCGUUCAAGACUCUCUCGAGUUACCUGAAGAUUGUUUCUUCUGGUGCGUCGACUGUAGCGUCCACCGUAAGGUCCGCCGCGUCUGCGGCUUCUGCUAUUGUGGAGAGGGACGGUGAAAGCAGCCAUGCUCAGGUAACUUGGGCUGGAUUUGACAAGCUAGAAGUCGAAAAAGGCGUCACAAAGCAGGUUCUUUUGCUUGGUUACAGUUACGGGUUUCAGGUAUGGGAUGUCGAAGAAGCAGACAAUGUUCGUAACCUAGUCACAAGGCAAGACGGACCCGUUUCGUUCAUGCAAGUAUUACCAAAACCAGAGCCAUCAAAACAGUCCAAAGAUGAAUUUUCAGACAACCGCCCUCUUCUCAUCGUUUGUGCUGACGGGUCAUUUUCCGGAGAUAUUAAUAAUGUUCACGAGGGACCAGGGCAGGUGCCAGUUAACGGUAGUUAUGUACCUACAGUUGUCUGGUUUUACUCCUUGAGAUCUCAAUCGUACGUACAUCUUUUAAGGUUUCGAUCUGCCGUCCAUUUAGUUCGGUCCAGCUCUCGAGUUGUUGCUGUUUUGCAAUCAUCCCAGAUACAUUGUCUCAAUGCUGCUACGUUAGAGAAAGAAUACACUAUCCUUACAAAUCCGGUAACUUCCGGAAGUUAUGGAAGUAUAGGUGUGGGCCCACUUGCUGUAGGCCCCAGAUGGAUGGCUUACAGUGGGAGUCCAGUUGCGGUUUCGAAUUCACGUCGAGUGGCACCUCAGCAUCUUACUGGUUCAUCCAGUUUUUCUAGUCAAACGUCAAACGGAAGCCUCGUUGCGCAUUAUGCAAGAGAAUCGAGCAAGCAGCUUGCUGCUGGUAUUGUGACUUUAGGUGAUAUGGGGUAUAAGAAGCUGUCUAGGUACUAUUCUGAUUUGUCCGAAGGUAACAGUUCUCAUUCGGGAAUUGCCCGUGUGAAGGUGCAUGGUGGUUCUAAUGGACAUUCGUCCGAUGCAGCAGACAAUGUUGGCAUGGUUAUAGUGAGAGACAUUGUGAGCAAGAAUGUGAUUGCUCAGUUCACAGCCCACAAAAGUCCCAUUUCUUCACUGUGCUUCGAUCCGACCGGUACCCUUUUAGUGACAGCUUCGGUACAAGGUCACAACAUAAACGUGUUCCGAAUAAUGCCCUCAAGCUCUUCUGAACAGUCUUACGCCCAUCUUUACAGGCUGCAACGUGGCAUCACUGAUGCUGUCAUACAAGACAUAAGCUUUAGUAGCGACAGCCAAUGGAUUAUGAUCAGUUCUUUAAGAGGAACAAGUCACCUUUUCGCCAUUUCACCCUCGGGCGGAUUGGUUGACUUUUCUCAGUCAACCGAUGCGAGAUUACAGGCACUCACUCAGCAGAGCAUCUCCGCUUCGGGUCCGACCGUCACCCUCUCUGCCGUUAGCAGGAUAAGGAGUGGAAAUAGCAGUAACGGCUGGAGAAACACGGUGAGCGGUGCUGCAGCAGCUGCCACUGGGAGAUUGAAUUCUUUCUCUGGUGCGAUUGCUUCGGUUUUCCACAACUGCAAAGGGAAUAACGACGAUUUUAAUUCUCCGAAGAAAAGCUACUACCUGCUCGUUUUCUCACCUGGCUGUGUUGUACAGUACGCGCUGCGUUUUUCCCCUGCUUCUAACGGUUCUUCGUCUUCUUCGGCUCUGCGUGAAGCAAGUUUCGGCGGUGAACUUAGUCCCGAAGGCGAGAUGAGGUUAGUGGUCGAGGCGAUCCAGAAAUGGAAUAUAUGCCAAAAGCAGAACCGAAAGGAGCAGCAAGGUGAUACUAUUGACGUGUAUGGAGAAAACGGGAAUCCAGAUAGUAGUAAAGUAUAUCCAGAAAGGAAUAAUUUUUUAUCAUCGGAUGUUCUUGGUAAAAAAACAGUUAAAGAAAAGAUUACUAACGAGGAAAAGCAUAAGAAGUAUAUAUCCGAAGCGGAGCUUCAAAUGCAUCGGAAUCCGAAUCCGUUGUGGGGCAGACCUGAGGUGUACUUUCAGUCGAUGGUGAGUGAAGGCUCGAAUGUGAAUGAAGGAGAAAUCGAGAUUGAAAGAGUCGCCAUACGCACGCUCGAAGCAAGGUCAAAAGACUUGGUUCCAGUUUAUGAUUAUCUUCAAUUUCAACAGGGGAGGAGUUAUGUGAAAAACAGCGAAAAGAAUGGACGAAUUCAGCCUCAGGGGUCUGGUUCAGAAUCGGAUGGUGUCGACUUGUUGGGUGAAACUAGCAGGGGCAGUUCUGUAAAUACUAAUGAUCGAUCAACGAUGAAGAACACUCGUGUCGCGAGUGUAGUAAAUACUACUACUAGGGAGAAUUCCGUGAGAGAGAGCCAGAUUAGAUCUGUACAUAAUAGAGACGGCUCGAACAACAUGGACAAUGAAUCUGCUGAGGUUGACCAGUUUGACUAAAGGUAUGAAGAUAUUCUUUUAUUUCUGUGGGAGGGGUGGUUUGAAGUUCCAUGCUUUGUGGAAUACAAAAUAUAUAUAUAGGGAGAGAGGGAACUUAGAUUUAGAUGCCUUUGGACUUGUGGUGGAUGUGUGUGCAAAGCUUUUUAAAGGUGUUUGAUGAUUUUAUUACAUUUUCUGACUGUUGUAAAUAAACAAUCAGAUUAUCAUAAUUCUAAUAAUUAUAUUAUAUUUAAAAUAUAUAUAUAUAUAUAUAUGUAAAUAAAUGCCAUGUUGCAUCAUAUUAUGCAAUGUUUGCUCUACUCUUUGUUGCCGCUACGGUUCUGUUAAUCGUUAUGGUGAUUUAACUCCGACUUGAUUCCAGAAUAGUUCGGCACCCUAACAUUUUUUUUAAAUGUUAUUUAUAUAAUUUUAUUAAAUAUGUAAUGUUUGCAUUUUUACUUGU